ACCUCUCCACCGUCCUUGACACUCCAUGGUAGGCAUGUCCAUGCUCAUGUAGCUACAAAAGCAACGCCAAUGACAGCAUGCAAUCAUGCAGCAUAGCUCGAUCGAACUAGCUAUAGCUAUAGCUGUAUCUCAAAAUUAAUGGCCUCCGGCGGCGGGAACAAGAGGGCGUGGGUGGCUGACCUGGAGGGGGGCCUCGCCGGCGCCGGCGCGGCGUCGGAGCGCGCGCUGUGGUCGAAGCACUCCGUCCACCGCGUCCCCGCCGCCGUCAAGGACCUCCACCCGCACGCCUACCGCCCUCAGGUGGUGUCGCUGGGCCCCUUCCACCACGGCGACCAGCGGCUGGUGCCCAUGGAGCCGCACAAGCUCCGCGUCGUCGCGCGCUUCGUCGGGAGGAGGCGCAGGCCGGUGGCGGAGUUCGUCGCCGCCGUGGAGGCGGCGGCGGCGGAGCUGGAGGAGUCGUACCAGGACCUCGCCGGCGAGUGGCGCGGCGAGAGGUUCCUGCAGGUGAUGUUCACCGACGGGUGCUUCCUGCUCGAGAUGAUGAGGACGGCGAAGGUGAUCGGCGGCGGCGGCGGCGGAAAGCACGACGAAGCGAGCGGCGCCGUCGGCGGAUACGCGCACAACGACCCGGUGUUCGGCCGCCACGGUGCGGUGUACAUGGUGCCGUACGUCCGCCGCGACAUGCUCAUCGUGGAGAACCAGCUGCCUCUCCUCCUCCUCCAGAAGCUCGUCGCCGUCGAGACCGGCAAAGAAUCCCAAGAUUUGGGUGACGUCGAGUAUGAAGUGAAGAAGAUGGUGCUGAGGUUCAUCUCGCCGUCGUGCAAGACGCCGCCGGCGAAGGAACACCGGGCACUCCACCCGCUCGACUUGUUCCGCAAGAGCUUGCUCAGCGGCCAGCACCAGAGACCACGCGGCGACAGGGGCAGCGCAGGCGCCGGGAGAGACGACCGCCGCCGCGACGACGACGAGGAGGCCAACGGCGGCAUCAUCCGGUCGGCGGCGGAGCUCUACGAGGCGGGCAUCCGGUUCAGGCGUAGCCCGACGGCGAGCCUCCACGACAUCACCUUCCGCCGCGGCGUGCUCGCCCUGCCGUUCGUCGUCGUCGACGACUCCACCGAGUACGCGUUCCUCAACCUCAUGGCGUUCGAGCGCCUCCACGCCGGCGCCGGCAACGACGUCACCGCCUACGUCCUCUUCAUGGACAGCAUCAUCGACUCGGCCCGCGACGCGGCGCUGCUCACCGCGAGGGGGGUGAUCCAGAACGCCGUCGGUAGCGACAAGGCGGUGGCGAGGCUGUUCAACGGGCUCUCCAAGGACGUCGUCGCGCUGGACGGCGCUGGCGGCGACGGCGAGCUCUACGCCGUGCGGCGCGCGGUGAGCCGCUACUGCCGGAAGCCGUGCCACGUGUGGCGCGCCAACCUGGUGCACACCUACUUCCGGAGCCCCUGGGCGUUCAUGUCGCUCGCCGCCGCCGUCUUCCUCCUCGCCAUGACGGUGGCGCAGACCGUCUACACCGUCCUGCCCUUCUACCAGCAGGGUGGCAAUGGCGGUGAAGCCACGUAUGCUGCUCCGGCUCCACGUUGACAAUCUCGAUCGCUUGAUGUCUAUAUAUGUCUUACGUACGCAUUGGCCUCUGUUUGGAUUGGCUCACUUUCCACUGAGAAGAUGUUCUAUGUUUUGCUUUCUGUUUGAUCGAUCGUCGAAAUAUUCAAAUCUUGAGAUGACACGUUGUCCUUCCUUUUA